AUGGCGGAGAUUUACACGCAUUCCGAGAAGAUCCCGCGAACAUCAUCACAGGCUGUGGGGCAGCCCUCGAAGGCGAAAAGUGUUUGGGACCAAUUGGGCGAGCGGAAUGCGAAAGAAGUUGCAAACUUCAACGAUGAACGGGUGGAAGGGAAACCGCAGACUGGCUACGAAUUGGCCGCAGAAAAAACAGAUAGUGUCGCGCGGAGGGCUCUCGGCAUCGCGUCGAUCGAACCGCAACUCCAUGGUGGUAUACCAUGGGCCGAGAGCGGGGUCCACGGGCUGAGAAGAGCUUGCCAUCGCCGGAACAACGGAGGAGGCAGAAGUCGAAAGGAAAAGCAAAGGCGCGAGCGAGAAGAUGAGCGAGACACUUAUUUUUUGGAAGCAUAUCGUCCUGUUAGAAAAGGGGAUCUUUUCCUUGUCAGGGGUGGGAUGAGGAGUGUUGAGUUUAAGGUUAUAGAAACUGAUCCUGCAGAGUAUUGCAUUGUUGCUCCUGAUACAGAGAUUUUCUGUGAGGGGGAGCCGGUAAAAAGAGAAGAUGAGGACAGGCUUGAUGAGGUAGGUUAUGAUGAUGUUGGAGGAGCUAGGAAACAAAUGGCUCAGAUAAGGGAGCUAGUAGAACUUCCUCUAAGACAUCCUCAACUAUUUAAAUCUAUUGGUGUCAAGCCGCCAAAAGGUAUUUUGUUGUAUGGUCCACUUGGUUCAGGUAAGACAUUAAUAGCUAGAGGAGUCGCAAAUGAGACAGGAGCUUUUUUCUUUUGCAUCAAUGGUCCAGAGAUCAUGUCAAAGCUAGCCGGUGAGAGUGAGAGUAAUUUGAGGAAGGCUUUUGAGGAAGCAGAGAAAAAUGCACCCUCAAUUAUCUUCAUUGAUGAGAUUGAUUCCAUUGCUCCUAAGAGAGAGAAAACUCAUGGGGAAGUUGAAAGGCGCAUAGUGUCUCAACUGUUGACACUGAUGGAUGGGUUGAAGUCUCGUGCUCAUGUAAUUGUCAUUGGGGCUAUGAACAAGCCAAACAGUAUCGAUCCAGCUCUUAGACGAUUCGGUAGGUUUGACAGAGAAAUUGACAUUGGUGUUCCUGAUGAGGUUGGCCGAUUGGAGGUUCUUCGCAUCCAUACUAAGAACAUGAAGCUAUCUGAUGAUGUUGAUUUGGAAAGGAUUGCUAAGGAUACUCAUGGCUAUGUUGGGGCUGACCUUGCUGCUUUAUGCACUGAAGCUGCUCUCCAGUGUAUCCGUGAAAAGAUGGACAUAAUUGAUCUAGAAGAUGAAUCAAUUGAUGCUGAGAUUCUCAAUUCUAUGUCUGUUACAAAUGAACACUUUAAGACUGCUUUAGGAUCUAGUAACCCAUCUGCCCUCCGUGAAACUGUUGUUGAAGUACCAAAUGUCAGUUGGGAUGAUAUUGGUGGGCUGGAAAAUGUCAAGAGGGAACUGCAAGAGAUUAGAACAGUGGACUCAUUCCUUCCAUUUUCCACCCACUUAACUUCAUCCUCCUCCUCCUCCUCCUCCCUCAUUAAUUCCAAUCAACCCCUCUCGUUACGAGCAAAGCCAGAAGGCUGCGACUACCUCCGCAUCAAGUGCUGCGGCCGCUACGAUACCGACUGCUGCAACUGCAUGCGAGGAGCGCGCCCGCAGGCUGCUCAUCGCGGCGACUAA